AUGAGCUGUUCGGGAUUUCAGGGCUAUGGGUCACAACUGGAUAAGCAGGCUGCAGAUAUACACAGUGAUAAAAUGAGUGGACUUUGGCAACGAUUGGCGGCGCCCUAUGCCGAGGGAUGGAGGGUCUUCAAGAACCCAAAGCUUCAAGCGCAGCAUACAAUUGCUUAUUCUACCAGAGAUAUGAUGAAAGCUUUGGGCUUGUACACCAAUUCCGAGGAGCGUUUAGAUUCCAAAAAAGUGGCCUGGAACUAUUUUAUCUACAUUCAAUCCCUAAUAAGCUGGUGGUCUUUGAUUACUGGAGUAUUUGCCUCCGUGGGAGACGUGGUUAGUCUGGGACGUGAUCUGGCUUUUUCCAUAACGCUCCUCUUUAUCCUGCUCAGAAUAUUGUUUAUUCGCAUGCAUGCUGAUGAUCUUGAUCAGGUGAUUGAUGUCCUCGAGGAAUUCUAUCGCAGGAAACCAAUCAGCUCUGCAGCUGAGGAAGUGAGAGCCACAAAGAGAUUUCACUUUCUGGCUCUAUCAGUUUUGUUGACGCUUUGGACCAUCUAUAUUUUGGCUUUUUGUGUGAUAAAGAUAUCGACGCCCUUAUGGAUGGAAUCGCAGAUAUUGCCCUUCCAUGUGGCCUGGCCCUAUGAGCUGGACAAUCCCUCAAAGCAUCCAAUUAGCUAUGUCAUUAUAUAUUUUUUCCAAGCCACCACAAUGGCAUUUCUCAUGAUUUGGAUUGGUAUUGAUGAGAACAUGUUGGGGUCUAUAUUCUUUGAGAUGUCAACGGCAUUGAAGGUACUAAACACAGAGCUUAAGAAUCUCCAGAAGUUCUGUAAGGGGAAUGAGCUGCUCCUGGCCAAAGAACUGAAGCGUUUGGCACAGUUUCAUCAGAGAAUUAUAUACAUCUCGGAUCAAUGCAAUAACAUUUUCAAAAGCACCUUCAUAAUGCAAAUGAUUGUGAAUUUCCUGUUGGUCUCUCUAUCAGCCUUUGAGGUCUUGGUGUCCAGGAACAACCCCAAGGUGGUUGUGGAGUAUCUCGUUAUGAUUUCUAUGACAUUGGGUCACCUCUCCUAUUGGUCGAAAUUUGGGGAUAUGUUGACUCAGGAAUCCUUGGAGGUGGCCAACGCAGCCUACGAGGCCUACGAUCCGCGUUUUGGUUCCAAAUCGACGAAUCGAGACAUUGGUUUGAUUAUAAUGAGAGCUCAGCAGCCGCUGAAUAUCAGGGGAAGUCCCUUUCCACCUUUCAAUUUGGAGAACUACAUGGCUAUACUGAAGCAAUGCUACUCCAUUCUGACGCUGCUGCUGAACACCUUGGAAUAG